UACAUAUUGCAAUGUAUCGCUGGCGAAGUGAGGACCCAGUUGUUUUGACUUUUGGGGAAUUGAAUGAGAGAAAUAUCUCAGGAUGUCUUCUGGGAGGCUAGGAAUUUGUCUUUUGAACAUCUCAGAAGCACGGAACCGUCUCAUCCUUGAGAAUGUUGCCCAGGCAGCUACAAGAUCCACUGGAGGUUCACCAGGGAUCCUGUCAUCAGUACUCAACAUCUUCCAAGACAUUGAUUACAACCGUUCAGUGUUGACCAUUGCAGCACCCAUCAACCACCUGAAGGCUGCAGUGUGCGGAGCAUGCAAAGAGGCUUACAGGCAGAUAGACUUGUCAAAACAAGAAGGCGUUCAUCCAAGACUUGGUGCUGUGGAUCUCAUUCCUAUUUAUCCGCUGAUGUCUUCUGUCUCCCUCAAGGAAUGUGGGGAGAUUGCACACUCUAUUGCAGAGGAGCUUAGUGAUGAAAUAACAGGCACAUCCUUCUUCCUUUUUGGCUCUGCUGAUUGGCCGGAACAGAGAGGGCUAGUGCCACGAAGGAAGGCUGUUGGUUGGUUCAAAGGAAAGCAUGGCAUUGAUUGGUCAAAGUUCAGCCAUGAUCUUGGGGCACCACCAUCUAGCAGAUAUGGACUUACAGGUUGUGGAGCAUCUCAUUAUGUUACCAACUGCAACGUUACAAUAGACACCCAAGAUCUGGCGUUUGGACAGGAGAUCGUGCAUGCUAUCCGAGCCACAACUCCUGGGGGACUGCCAGGUGUUCAGGCUAUGGCCUUUCCUCAUGAGGGGACCAUUGAAAUCGCAUGCAACGUUGCCAGUCUUCCAAAGCACGACCAGAGUGCAGGGGGAAAUGCUUCAAAUGAUGACACCACCAAGGAACAUUGCCCUCUUGUUUUGGACUAUACAUCACCAGAAACUAUCGAACAGCGAGUGAAGGAUCUGGCAGGGCAGAAGGGGAUUAGGAUGGUCGGGACUACUCUGAUCGGGUUCAGGCCAGAAGAAGCCUGUAAGCUAGCCAUAGAUGCUCUCCAGUCCGGAAACAAUCAGCUAUGGAAGUCUAGAGGUGUUCGACUCAUGUGAUUUAUGAUUCACCACAGUUAUCUUCAAUGUGAAAUGUACUAGCUCACUUUGGUUUGAGCAGUAAUUUGAACUAUAAAAUGCAGUCAAAUUCAAAGCAUAGCACUUGUAAGAUAAUCCUAUUACCGAUAGCAAGUGUCGCAUAGGAUGCAUUUUACCAUCAUGCCAGGGAAAGCAUUACAAGACACUCCUACAGAAUGCCAGAUAUUUGGACUGGUGCUUGCAGCAUAGGGAUAAGAGGAAAAACAGGGAGGCACAACAUACCAAUUACUGGACCACUGUACUACUCCUGCAUACUUAGAACCUGAAGAAUGUGAUUUAAAUGAGAGAUACAACAUUACAUUUUAAUUUUCAACUACACGACUCCAGUAAACAUUGGACAGUGAGGAAAGGAGAAUGAGGAUGAAUUUGUGGGAACUGUUCUGAUGAUGAAGUUCAGGCCUAUGAGGAAGCUCGCCAGUUAGCCACGAUAGCCCUGCAAACCAAGAAUGAUCAGCUUUGGAUUGAUGGAUUCAUAACAAACCUCCUCAAGAUACAAUAAACUGAUUGAGAUUCUAGCAGAAACAUGAACUUUAUGAAUGCUGAAUGAAGUGCCUUAUUGGUUUGUAUAGUUCACUGAACAAUUUUCUUGUCUGUUGUUUCUUUGUGAGAUUUGUACUGUUAAAACAUAAAAUUGUCAUUUGUAAAGGAGAUAAUUUAUAUUUUUGUGAAUUAUGGCAUAAAAAUGCUCAAUGUACAUUUAAGUCAUCAACAUUGUCAUUGUCAUACAGAGACGCCGACCUCUUGACACAAAAAACAGACUGAAUAUCCUAAAAAAAAUCAGCCCUAUUAUAGCCCUAUCAGAAUUCCUCAUGAUCUUUCAUAGCCACCUUCCCUGAAGCUUGAAAGUCUCUAACAGAGUGCCCCACAAUGAGUUGAUCAUCUGCCCUUUGGUUGCAAAGUUCUUGAUAACUGCGCUGUUUAAGUGAACUGGCACUAGCAAUCACUUUGGGGUUGACAAAUUGCACCAAGAUGAAGUAAUUUUUGUAUCUUGUCAUGGAGAAGGUGGAUCUUUGGUUCAUCUUGCUCAAGCUCCAGAUUGAGGACAUUGUAGAGAGGGAUCGUAUGCUGCAAAAACAGUAUAGUUUGUGCUUGUCAGUGACUUUUUUUUUGUAGUUCUCACCAGCUUUGGUCACACUUGUCACAGACACUCUACUGGUAUCCUCACCUGCUUUGACUUUUGGACACACUUUUCCAACAUCAUUGAUGCUUGACUUUGUCCCUGAAAAUAUCUGUCAACUAUAAGUAGUGCCCCUGGUUGAAGAAAUGCGUGUAGUACGCUUCACUGAUCUCUUUGCAGUCUUAGGAGAGUUUGAGGGCAGGAAAUUUGUAGGCAGGAUCUUGGUAGUUCCAGCACUGCUAACACCAGACAAAGACUUUGUAGCAGAGGUCUUGGUAGGUUUAGUAGUACUGCUCGUAGAAAACACAAACUUCUCCAUAGAAGUCUUGGCAAAUUUAGCACUCAGUGCUGGCCGAAGACACAGACUUCUCCACGGAGGUCUUUGUAGAUUGAGCACUGCUAACAGAAGACACAGACUUCUCCACAGAGGUCUUGGUAGCUGGGGUCUUAGAUGCCCUAGCACUGCUUGCAGAGGAUGAAGACUUUUUUGGUACAGGAGUCUUUGCAGCACUGCUUGUCAUACUCAUUUUGUGCCUCUUUGACUCACUCGGGCCACCAGAAGCAUCACCUUUCCUCUUCUGUCCUACUUGUGCUUCCUGCUUGAAGUACUCUUGCAGGGAAAUCCACUGCUCCAAUAAUCUUUCCAGAGAUCUCUCCAUAGAUAACCACCUUCAUGCAAAUUUAUAAACAAAGAAGACAAAAUUACGAUUUAGUCAAAAUAUUGAUUUUCACAUGUAGUUUACAAAUAUGCAAUUUUCUAUAUCUUGAAACCCAAAAUGAACAAUUUGUGAAAAGGCCAAUUAUCAUUCAACUUUGGAAAAUUGAAAGCAUAAAAUCUGGAUUCAAUUUGAUUCAGUACCUUCACCUUCAAUCUUUAGUUAUAACUUUUCUCUCUCUUGUUUGUUUCACUAUUCAUUUGCUGUAAAUUUGUAAAAUGUGUGUACAAAUUGUAUACAAAUAUAUGUUGUUAGAAAUCUUAGAAUGGAAAAGAAGCAAUAACGAUUUUCAUAAAAAAUAAAAAUCAGAACUACCUUGUACAAAUGUGUUUCAGGAUUGCAUGAUCUUUAACACUGCACAUAGCCUGAACCUGCUUGUAUUCCUUGUGCCGCUUCAAAGAUUUUUUGAGGUAGUAGAAAGUCCCAAUGAGUAGCUCUUCUGGAGAGAAGGACAGUUGCUUGGCUCCUUUGACUGGUCAUGGUAGGGUAACACUGGAGCUUAGCUCCUUCAGCUUCUUGCUUAUGCAAGGGUCACUCUGUGGCCUGGACCCACCCUCCUCAGGUCAUCACCUUUCUUCACCUGAGCCAAUUAUUUGUAACCUCAGGGUUUCACCAUCACUUCAUGUGCUUUACAAAAAACAAAGGCAAAGCAUCACUCUUAUCAGCAAAUGUGUUAGUCCAGGCUUCACCCUUUGAAUUAUUUGCAUAGGUGAUGCUUCACUUUUGUCAGUUUUACAUAGGUGAGGCUUCACUUGUGUCAGUUUUCCAUAGGUGAGGCUUCACUUUUGUAAGUUUUCGGCCGGUCUGAAGCUUCACCACUGUUUCACCAUACUGGCCAUUUGCAUAGUUCAAGCUUCACCACUGUUUCACCAUAUUGGCCAUUACAUAUUUCAAGCUUCACGUUUUGAAAUCAAGCUCCACCAAUGUUUACUUAUAAUAGUAGACCAUGACUGCAAUGGUCUAUAGUCAUGAUAGUAGUUCCAUACUGCUCAAUAAGUACCAAGUCAACCAGGUUUCAAUUCAAAGAUACAGUAACAUGUUUAUUUUGUCAAUCCAAUGUUUCUACAGAUAUGUUGUUAUGAAACUUAAAACGUUUAUACAAAAGUUGUUUUAACUACAAGUCUUGUUUUCUAAUACUAACUCUUGUUUUCUAAUACUAACUCUUGUUAACUAUAAACACUAACUCCUGUUACCUAUUAAACUCUGUUACUUGGAAAUGAAAGAAAAUGUUCAUUCCAGACAAAUUUCAGGUUUGCGUUGUUAGAUUUUGACAUUGUGUUCAUUAAAACGACACUAUAAAAAUAAUGAAGUUGCACAAGUGCACAUUUCUUUUUAUACAGGCAGUACUGUCACAUUAUUUUUGUAGUGUAGAUAAACCAAGCUAAAACUCAUUUUUGGUCUGGUUUAUAAAAUGUUAGCUUAUCAAAUUUCCUAUUCACAAUAGCUUGGUUACACCUCAUUUGUUGUAGUUGAAUUCAAGAAACUUUUGGCCGGGUAUUGUACGACCACCUGAUGAUGGACCACACAAUUCAGCCUUGCCCAUAACACACUAAUUAUAAUUGGUCCGAAACUAUUCAAGUAAAGCAAACCAAAAAAGAAGUUAACUCUUCAUUACCUGAGAAUUUAUGAAAUGAGAGCAUUAAUUAUAGAGAGUAAUAUGCAUGAUCAAAGUGUACUCAAUGCUUUGCUUACUUAGUCGUGGUCACUACUAUGAAUAAAACUUGAUGGGGAAAUUGUCCAGAAACAGUCAAUAAGUCAACAUACCAACAUAAUACAAAGUAUAGAACUUUCCAGCUAUCAAACACAUUGUAUGCAUUUGUAAGACCAUGUAUACUUGACUGGCAAGCAUCUCUCAUUUCAUAUUUUAACUAUGACAUUGACAACACCUGAACAAUUUCCCGAUCAAUUCAUUCAAUAGUGAACCUGUUGCAUGCUAUAAACUACAUAAAUCCAAGUCAAGACCUUCCAGAGUGGAUGUCGUUACUGUGAGUUCAGCCAAUAGGCGAUCGUCAGAGGACUACAUACAUUAAUCAGAUGAAAAAACAUGGAUGGAAUACACAGCUUAGAGGACUGCAUUUGUAUACAGUACAGGAUUCCGGCAUUCUAGCAUGAAGUUGGCCAGGUAUACAUGUAAGGCUUUUGGAAUGAAAGCACCAUAAACUGUCUAGCACACUCACAUAAAUAAUAUCCUGAUAGAAAAUGCAAAAAAACACAAAAUUAUUUUUUCGACUUCAGACUCAUUUCGCUUGAUCGCAUAUAUGUGCUGCAUAAAAAAUCAGACACAUUUGAAAUAACAUGUGCAUUAAACUUUGACCUUAUUCUGUUGUCACCGCAGGAUCAAUGGGAUGAUGUGAACACAUUAUGUGUCGGGUACGCCAGUCCCGACUUCUUAUUCAGGGAGUACUUUAUAAUUAUUACACAGUAUAAAUAAUAAUGUUUAGUAUACUACUAUAUAAAAUAAAAUAAUCGGGUAUAAAUAAUCAUAUAAAAUAAGUACAUUACAAUCUUGAGUAACUUGUAACCAUUCAUGAGGUAAUACAUGUAAGGCUUUUGGAAUGAAAGCACCAUCACUGUCUAGCACACAUACUAUAUAAUAAGCACCAAUAUGCAGGGAGUACUUUAUAAUUAUUACACAGUAUAAAUAAUAAUGUUUAGUAUACUACUAUAUAAAAUAAAAUAAUCGGGUAUAAAUAAUCAUAUAAAAUAACUGUCUAGCACACACACACUAUAUAUGUGGUAUGAUCAAGCAAAAUCAGUCUGAAGUCGGUCAUAUUCAAUUUUCAGUUUCUUAUUGGAUUGUAACAAGCAUUUGCAAAGCUACAUUUUGCAGAAAAUCCCAUUGAAAUUGAACAACCAGUUCAAAAGAUAUCAGCAAAUAAAGAGUUUCCAAAACAAAAGGAAACAAAAGGAAAUACUUCCUUUGUUUGGCUAUAUCUCAAAAUCAAUAUUUCAGACUUCCGACUGAUUUUGCUUGAUCACAUCACAUAUAAGCACCAAUAUAGUUACAAACAGCCAACUCUGAACAUGCUGAAUGCAUUCAUGAGGUUUACACGUAAAGCUUUGGAAUGAAAGUACCAUAACUCUGUCUAGCACACACACUAUUGUCUCCACCUGAAAGUUUUCAGCAGUAAUUUGUUAAAGGAUCACACCUGGAUAAGUAUACACGUCUGUAUCGAACAUGAAACAUUCAAUACUUUUUAGGCACAAAAAAAAGCACAAAAAAAGUUUGUCUCAGCUUCUUUUGGCCAAAACAUUCAAGAUCUGACUUGCAUUUGGUAGCCGGCUAAUAUGGUUCAAAUGUUUUUAUGUGACAAACAACAUUUUCUGAGGUAACAUUUUGUGUACAAACUGAACCCGACAUAAAAAAAAAUACAAAAUUACCUACUUAAUCAUUUUCCCUAUGGCAAAAUCGGUCAGACAUCUAAAGUGGAUUUUUCUAAAAUUUUCCCAAUUUCUAAAGUGACAUAUUAUGAAAAUAUGAACUAUUUUACGACACAAAUCAUACAAAUAACAAGUUGCGAUUGUUUUUGUGGCAAUAAAAUGUAAAUCAUAGCUUGAAGAGUGUUGUAUGUCCAUUUGUUUCUCUAAAUGUAUAGACCUACCAAAUAUACUAAAAAAAGCCAGAAGAGUACAUGUCUAACACUUUUAAUCACUUAUAGUCAGGAUUACAUAUUUGUGUGUAUUUAUAAGACUGCUGUCAAUGGACCACACACAUUUCUUUUUCAUAUUUUUAGGCAUGACUGUAUGGAAGACCGACUCUUAUACAAUAUUGUAUUCAACGAGCGUCAUUCCUCCUGGCUGCUCUGGUAGCUGCAGCCUUUUCAGCUCCUCGUUUCCUGUUCUUAGCCACUUGGCAAAGAUGGUUCACUGUGUGUGACACCAUCUUCUUGCUUAUGCAGUAACGUGUUGAAAGUAGUACUUGUGUUUCUUCAUCAGGUACAGCAUCAUCAAGAUUGUCAGAAACUCUUCUUCUCUCCUCAAACACCUUUGCCAGUUGCUCACUUGCAAGAUAUGCACUUGGAUCAGCUGCAAUGCCAUUUUCAUAAUUUUCGAGCAAUUGAUCCAAGUGCAUAAAAUGGCCGGAGCAUGAGGGCUGACAAGUUGUGCAGUGUUCUGGUUGCCUUUCUGGGUCAGGCACAGGCCAUGGGAAGAACAUGAUGGAUGGUCCUCCAGGGUACCAUAGGAUAGAUGAUGGAUCAUCCCCUGGCCUGCUCUGACAAACAGGAUGAGGGCAAUCCUGUUUAAAACAACAAACAAGUCUAAAAACAUAUUUGUUGUUUCCCACUGUGUGGUUGUCCAUGAUUGUCAGAAUUUUGUCCAUAUAUUGAAAUCUCUCCAAUUCAUCAGGUGAAGUUUCUGUUAGUUUCCUUUUGGCCGCGUUAGAUGAUUUGAGGUAUUUGGUCAAACCAUUUCUUUGCUCCUGUAUUUCUGAUGCAUCUGGGCCCAAGGCACAUUUGAAGAGAUGAAUUUCCCCAUCUUUGUAUCUUGUUUUAUCCACACGUUCUAUAUACACAUCUCUGGCUGCAUUUUGAUUAGCCACCACAGUAUCAUGAUCCACUUCCCCAGAUAUGUCUCUGGUAUUCCCACACAAUGUAGAGGGGAUAAAUAAAUUGUUAGCACUCCUUGAAAGUUGCCCAUUGAGGUGCUCCACUUCAUUUAAAAAUGAUCCGCCACUAUAUCGAGUUGUGACAAUUGUGGCCAAUUUCUCUCGGUCUGUAUGCCACUUGGUCCACAUAAAUCUCGUCUCAUUAUGUGCUGGAUUCUCGUCCCCUCCUCCAUCAACUCUGAUGAAAUCAAUUUCUUUGUCUUUGUCAGUGUUUUCUGAUGAAAAGAAUACUGAUUUGAAUUCUGGUUUGGACCGAAGCAUUUGCAAGUCGGAAAAGUGUUGUCCGGCAUUCUUGGGAUCCAUUUUGUUGCACUUUACUAUGCCAGCAUAGCAAUCAUCGGAUGUUUCACUCCCAGUGCAAAAAUAUGACGACACUUGUAAAAUGUUCUGCUCUUUAUUUGUAAAAUCCGUUCUGGUUGCAAGGUCCUCUUCUCCCCUUAUUGUACUUGAGCGAAAUUUACUUGAUGUUGCCAAUGUGUCUAAUCGAAAACCCGCAGCAUCAUCGCGAUUAAUAUAGGUUGCAUUAGAGUUAUCUUUCUUUUGAAGAAUAUUCAAAGAUUUGUACAAAGAAUUGGACCAUUUCUCAUCCGCAUUCAGUUUAAUGUCAAAACCUUUCCUUGCACGCUUGCUGACAAUAUUUGCCACUGAUUUGUAGCGUGUCUUUGAUAAAUGUCUUGAGUUACGAGGUACACAUAGUUGAACAAGUGCGCCAUGAGAAAUGUGCUCAGAGUACUCCUCUUGUAGUUGCUGACGUAAUCGCUGAAAGGUUAUCUUCUGGCCCACCUUCUUUCUCUCCCAAGUCAGCGAUCCCGACGAGCGCCACUUGUCAGCUCCCACACCUGAAUCCCUUACUAUUGUUUCAAUCCUUUUGCCUAUACUUGGAUGUCUUUUCAACAGAGUAGAUUUAUUGGAAGUAGCACGCUUUAGAAGCUUUAGGGUGUCAUAUUUCUUUUUAAUUUUUCUUCUGUAUUUCUCUUUCAGUUGCCGCCGUUUUCUAAUUGAUUGUGGACUUUGUGGUACAGCACUACUUUGGUCUGGCUUGGAUAGCAUCACCUGAUUAGCGUGCUCUUCAGAAUCCACGAUACUGUGAUAUGCGGCCUCAAUUUCCUCUGCUUCAGUCAAAGCAUUUUCAACUUGGUUUUUGUUCUUUUGAUGGUUUCCUAUGCCAUAUAGGUGCUUUGCCUUUUUUGAUGAGAGGUGGUUUGUGACUGCAUAUGUGAUUAGUCGCCGAUCUUUUUCUUUAGAAGCUAAUUUUUUCAAGGUAGCUAGUUUUUCUCUACUGAUUUCAGGGGCACAUGUAGGACUCUCUCUGAACUUCUCCAACACUUGUACAAACAAGCUAUAAUUUGUUUUUUCAUCUUUUUCCAUGACAUAUAUUGUUUGGCAGCCACUCUUUCCAAGAGUUACAAGAACAAUGGGCAUUUUUCCCAGUCUUUUUGAGGCAGUGUAAGCCUUGUAUUUCAGGGUUGGAUAGCAUGCUUUCCACACAGCUGACAAUUUUACUGGUUGAUUUUGUAAGAUAUAAGAUGCAGCAUUAAUAUCAGCUGAGCAGAGUGAGCAAUGAAGUCCCUCCUGGAUAGGCCUAUGGUGUGUUUUGCAUAUGUAUUGCCUAACUUGUUCAUAUUCUUUCAAGCUAAUGGUAUUGUCAAUCGGGGAUACUUGUACACAUUCAUGUACUCGAUUAGCUGGUUCUUUGAUGUUGAGACUUUUAGCUGAUUCGCGCAAAAAAAGGUCCAGCUUACUCUGAAAAUGCUCACCUAGUCAUUGAACGGCAUGAGGUUUGGCAUUUUCACCACUCUGGCCAUCAUGUAUGGUAGCUCCACUAUCAUCAUCAGGUUUGGUAAGCUCUCCACUUUCUUGAUUACUCUGGGCAUCAUGUUUGGUAGCUCCACUAUCAUCAUCAGGUUUGGUAAGCUCUCCACUUUCUUGAUUACUCUGGGCAUCAUGUUUGGUAGCUCCACUAUUAUCGUCAGGUUUGGUAAGCUCUCCACUUUCUUGAUUACUCUGGACAUCAUGUUUGGUAGCUCCACUAUUAUCAUCAUGUUUGGUAGCUCCACUUCCAUCUGCCUGAACAAACUGCACAUCGUCAUCAGAGGGGAUCUCUUUAUCUUUUUUUCUUUGGAUGUAUUUAAGAUCUCGCUUCGCCUUAUGAUCUCUUUUUUGCAGAUCAAUUAUUUCUAUCUUGCAGACGCGCUGCCUUUGCUGAAGGAUUUUGAUUUUGUCUCGUAGACUUUCGGCUUCCUCAAACUUCUCACAGCUUACCUUUAUAUUGCAAUUACUUUCAGCUAUUUGCAUGUCUUUCUUUAUGCCUUCUAAUUUUUCCUCUAAUUCUUGCAUUCUCUCGCUUCUGGCUGUUUUUGUCCAUCUUGCAUUCAAGCCUUCACCUUGUAUAGCCUUGGCUUUCUUGCUCACUGAUUUCCCCUUAGCAAAUACAUACGUUUUGUUUACUACUUCCUUUCCCAUUUUCAGAAGUUUACCUUUACCCCCCUUAUCUGUUAGAAUGAACAGAUUUUUGUUCAAAAUUUCAGUACAUCCUUUGUUCACUGUGCUAUUAUAUCUUGCAUUUUUCCCAUCUUCACGUAAUAUUUUUGCCUUUUUUACAAAGUUUACGGUUUGUACUGAACCUCCUCCAAGAAACUCUCCAAUAGUAGCUUGUCUCUGUGAAGUCGCAGCAGAUCUCUUGAGAUGUCUCUUCUCCAGAGGGCUUGUGUGAGUUGCAGCCUGAGUUGUGAUUAUCUCUGGUUCAUCUAUAAAUCAGAAUAAAAGUCAAAUUCAAGAUGCAAUUAGAACAAGUAGAUUAGUUAAUUAUGGCUAUUAUAGUAUGUCCCCCCCCCCCCUCUCACUAUCAGAAAACAAGAGUCUGUGCGAGAUAUACACUUUGACCUUGGUUUGUCACCUUCAACCAAACAACAUAAUGAAAGCUCCUGUAUUCCAUCUAUGACUUUAAGUUUGGUUCCAAAUGAGCCCAAUUUCAUGUUUUCAAAUAGUCCGACCAUCAUGGCAGGUACUAUGCCCACACACCAGAGGCGGGUAGGUUGAGUGGGCAACUUUUAAAAAGUACACGCCCUGUUAGCUUGAAGAAUUUUUCAGCAAUGUAUGUACUUGUUGGGCUGUUUAAUACAUUCUGUUAUUUGUAACCCGCCUAGCUGGCUGGUUGGCAACAACAACAAAAAUACACCCCUGCCAAUCAUGAUACAAAUUGUCCAUGCCAGCAGUGAAAAGGUAUUUGUGUAUGCGCGUACACGGCCUGAACAAAAUAUUUGUUUCCCGGCAGGCAAGCCACAUUUCCCAUAAUUUACAAAGUCUUUUUAUGAAGAAAAAGGGCGCAAUUUCCCUCCAGAAUCCAAAAAUUCCUGGUGGUGAGCCUACUAAACUGCCCAUGUUUACCCACCAUGUGCGCGUAUAUGAUAAUACAACCAUGUUUAUCAGAGAUAUCAAUGCACAGCUUGAGUUGAAUAAUAUGAGAAGCUUCCUUUCGAUAUAGGCCUCAUUAAUACAGUUUAUGAAUAGAUGUCAACUUACUUGUCUCAGCUGCAGUGUCAGAGUCAGAGUCCACUGAUGAUGUACUGGUAGUAGGUGUAGAGGGCACAUACUUUGAUGAUGUACUGGUAGUAGGUGUAGAGGGCACAGACUUUGAUGAUGUACUGGUAGUAGGUGUAGAGGGCACAGACUUUAAUAAGUGGCUUGAUGGUGUACUGGCAGUUGAGAACACCAAUGACCUUCUUGAUGAUGUACUGGUAGAAGACGACAAUGAGACCACGUCAUCUUCACCUUCAGCUGGGAACAUAAUCAGGAUAGACUAUCAAUACAAGCAGUGUAUCUAUACAGUCAUACUGGUUAUCUGAGGGGACCAUUUUACACAUUUUUGAAAUGCAAUGAUGAAAUUAAUUGACAAGAACAUUUUUUUCCAAUCAUAAAAGGUCUGAUUAAUAUCCUUUAAAAAGCACAGGAAAAGCUUUUAAUACUUUACCUUGAUUUUAAUAACUAGAGGGUUGUACCAUGGGGUAAUAGGUGAAGAUUUUUUUAAAAAUUUGACUGAAGAAUAAAACUUGAGGGUUGAUAUUUCUAUUAACUUUGAAAUCAGGUUUGACCUGCUGUUUGAUAUAUCCAUAGCCCUACAGCAGUACUUGUAUCACAAUUCCAUAAAAAGGAACUCAUUGAUGGUAAGAUCUAUUAAAUAAUCAGUAAUUUUUGGUUUAUAUGUGACCAUCCACCACAUAUGGGCAGUAAAGUCGGCACUAUUAUAGUGGGAUAUUGUCCAAUCAGCUACCUCAAAAAAUAAUAAACAACAAAGGCAUUUCAUGGACCUAUUCCUGCAAGCUAUUCCUGAGUUAGACUUGAUGACUGAAUAAAGCUGUGUAAUCCUAUCGUGCCUCACGUAAGAUUUCAUGCUAGGCUAAUUCUGUGAGGUCUUACAUGAAGGUUGAAGGUAGAACCAGAAUCUGGAUGGGUAACAUCUCAAAAUGCCAAAGCCGACUUGACAGCCCAUUUGUGGCAGAUGGUCACAUCACAAAAUACAAAAUCUACUUACAUGUAUCUGUUAUUUGAUGGUCAUAGGAUGGCACUUCUUCAUCAUUGAAAACAAAGUGUACUGGUUCCGAUUCUUGCAGGAAGGCAAACAAUUCGUCGUCAUCUACAUCUGUACCGUCAGACAAUCUCAGGCACUUGAAAUGCUCUCUUGCCUUUUGCAGCUUAGCAAGACCUGAAAAUGGGAAUUUAUUAUAUAUAAUUUAAUCUUUAAAGUUUAAAAAAUAUCUAUUUCUGAAAAUAUAUUGCUGACUGUACAUUGUAUUAUACCAUUUGUUUUGGCAAGGAAAACUAAUACACAUUGCAUUUGGAAUUAUAACAUGCCACAAAAUGAAAAAUUCUGUUCACCUGAUGCAUGUAAGUAAACAAUGAGAGUAAACAGCCAAAGCAUGUAACAAAUCUACUUUUUAACAUUUAGUUUGUUGUAAUGUGCUCGCUAUAAAUUACAGGACAAGUGUUAAGGUUGUAAGGUACUUCCCUUACCUUUCUCUAUCAACUCAUCCAAUGAUUUUGCCAAUACAAGUUUCUUGUCCUCUGCAUGCCAUACUUUGAACAUACGGGGUGCCGGUGCUGAUGCUGCCAUUCUCGAACAAAAUGUGAUUAAAUGUGACUAUAGCCUGUAUAAAGUAAAUAAAGAUCAUGAUUGAUAAAUAAAAGCAGGAAACUAUAUGUA